AUGGGGUUGCCGAAGAGGGAGGGAGGUAUGGGGUUCCGUAAUCUUAAAGACUUUAACCUUGCCUUGCUAGCCAAACAAUGUUGGCGUUUGAUUCAUGAUCCUGAUUCUCUAUGGGCGUGGGUUUUAAAGGUGAGGUAUUUUCCAAAUGUUUCUUUCCUGGAUGCUAAAAAAGGUGGUAGGGCCUUUUGGGCGUGGGUGAGUCUUUUAGAAGGAAGGGAUCUCAUCUUAAAUGGUGCCAGAUGGCAGAUUAUGGGAGGACAAGAGGUUAGAUUUUGGAUGGACAAUUGGGUCUCAGACAUACCAGCAGGGCAACCCACCCCUCCCAUGCUCGCGGAUGUUAACAUGAAUGUAAGGUUGCAGAGUUUAUUGAUCCGGUCUUGA